CGGUUCCGUUUUCACUAAUGGCGACGGCCACGGCGUCUGCCUAUUUCUGAAGGUUCAUAAGGGAGUUUCAGGCAUGACUGCAAGAUUUUUACCUUUGCAACUAGCCCUCAGUUAGACAUUUCGCCGAAUGAAUUCGAGAAGCAUACUCAGGUGCCAUGUGCCCAGCUGUAUAGAUUAACCAUGGACGGACUACCAACCCACUACGGCCGUCAGGGACAGCAACGAUCCCAAGUAAUAUAUCACUCGCCGAGGUUCAAAGGAUACGUCGCCAGCCUUGUUCUCUGUAAAUGCAUCCUGGCAUACGCAUACUUCCUCUCGUAUAAUAUCUUAAAUUAUCUCCACGUUGUACAGUUCCUCUUCAUCGCUCGCCUUGUUGCCUCAACUGCACUUGUAAUUAUACAAAAGCCCUUCUCCAGUGGGUCGAAACUAACACGCUCACAAUGGCUGCGGGUCCUUCGUCACGCUGUGAUCAAUUCUUCUCUCAUACUUUUGGAGCUCUUUGGCCUCACUCUGUGUGGGCCUUUACGGACAAUUCUGCUCACCCAACACAAAGACCUUGUGGUCAUAGUUGGCGUAAAGGCGCUCUUCACAAGUGCUGGCGGUCACUCCAAGUUUAGAGGAGCAGUGUGUUUUAUAUUGGCGGUAUUGUCGCUGCUGUUUCUUGACUUCGACGACAAGGAGGCUUUGCCGACGGAGCACCCUGAGGGCUAUCAACACCAUGGGUUGAGCCACAUCUUUUAUUACCUGGUUUCACUUCUUGGUCUUCCAGAUCACAAGGGUGGUGUGCUACUUCUUGCCCUUACCUUGUGCCUCCAGACGGGUUUUCGAACUAUCUCUCGCACACUAGCUGUCGAUGUUGGUGGAGCCAAGCGAUUAAACGCACUGUCGAGUGUUCUGUCCACCUUGCUUUUAGCGCCUCUCCUGCUGUUUGUUAAAGUACCGGCUUCCAUGAAUGAGGAGGUUUUGCAGGUGCCCUUUUUUGUGCUGCCACUUGUCUUCUCUGGCCUGGCCGUCUUCGUGCUGGACUACUACGUGGAAUCUGUGUGCACGCUUCGUCUUGACUCGUACAUCACUGCUAGGCUGGGUUCACUGACUGUGUUUACGGCUGCCUUGCUUCUGGCCUUCUCGUGGGGCACGAACAGCCACACAAGCCACUCGUGGACAGGUUUGACCUCGGGGCAGCACUCGCUCUCUGGUGGUCUCAUCUUUGCCUGGAUCAUGUUUGUGCUUGCCACACUGAUUCUGAGUUCACCCGACCUGAAGGGCACCAAGGGUACCUUGGUAGGCUACUCCAGUGAUGGUGACCCCCUCUACCAUUUCAAUGGGGAUGCAUUUCACAUGGGGCCAGGCUACUCCAUGCUAUCUGUGCUCCGGUCUGGAUUGAUGCAGAUCAUGAAGGAGUCGGACUCAAGGCGGAUAUUCUACUUCCUCUGCAUCAAUCUAAUGUUCACGGGUGUGGAGCUGUUGUAUGGCAUGUGGACAAACUCCCUCGGGCUCAUCUCGGACGGGUUCCACAUGCUCUUUGACUGUUCUGCACUGGUUAUGGGCCUUGCAGCUGCCUUGCUGGCAAGACGCAGCGCCACACGAACAUUCCCAUUUGGGUACGGCCGUGUGGAGGUCCUGUCAGGUUUUAUGAAUGGCCUGUUUCUUGUUGUCAUUGCUUUUAUGGUGUUCAGCGAAGCCAUAACAAGGCUUUUUGACCCUCCACAAAUCAAGACUGAACGUCUCCUGACUGUUUCCAUUGCUGGUCUCAUUGUGAACCUCAUAGGAAUCAUUGCCUUUCGUCAUACUCACUCACACAGCCAUGGUGCUAGCCACAGCCAUAGUCAUGCUCAGAGUCAUGGACAUAGUCAUAUGGGUGCCAAUACAAAUUUGCAAGGCGUUUUCCUCCACAUUCUAGCUGACACUUUAGGCAGUGUUGGUGUGAUAGUAUCAUCUCUUCUUAUUGACCAGUUUGGACUGCUCGUGGCGGACCCCUUGUGUUCUGUGUUUAUCGCCGUGCUCAUCUUUGUCAGCGUGCUGCCUCUUCUCAAGCAUUCCUCCAUGAUCUUAGUGCUGAGGACACCCUGUCAGCUUGAAGGCAAGAAGCUGCCAUCCGUGCUAAGCAAAGUCUUGAAGAUUGAAGGUGUCUUGUCAUAUCGCAACGAGCACUUCUGGUACCACACCGGUGACGUGCUGGCUGGCUCCCUGCACGUACAAAUUGCCAAGGAUGCCAGCUCCCAGAAAGUGCUCAGUCAGGUUACAUCGCUGUUCAAGGAACUGGGUAUGCAGCACUUCACAGUACAAGUGGAAAAGGAAGAAUUCUUCCAGCAUAUGUCCGGCCUUCGCGCUAGUACAAACUACUACAGCAAUGCGCUCCUUAGGUCAGCGGCGCAUCAGGCCUCCAAUGGUGCCUUGUCUCUGUGUAUUGUGAAGUCGAUAUAAUUCCAUGCAAGGGACCCACAUCGCAACUUAAGCAGCGUGUGCCUAAUGGACCUUAUUGUUUUGUACAGUGGAACUGGUGCAUAGUGUACGCCUAAUAAAAUUAUGUUGUAAUACUGUA